UAAAAUGGAAACAAAUUCGCAAGGGGUUUCACUCUUUCUAAUCAGGUUUGCAGCUAUAAACGUUAAUAUGACAUUAAUAAAGGAUCUGAAUUUAUUAUACUAAAUAUUAGUCAGUCACCUGCAAUUAUAAAUGUUAAUAAAUCACGGCCUCAAGUCAGCUGCUGUAAAUGUUAAUAAGUAGUUUAUUAAUGGAUUUUUUGGACAAGUUUCAGUGAUGAAUUUAACCGCGAGCUAAAAAGACCCAUAAAGUAUUAUGCUGGAGUAGGAUUUCCACAAUCUGGCAACCCAACAGUUGCUCUUAUUAACUGCUUGCCACUGCUCUAUAAAGUAGCCGAUAAGUAAAUGAUUUAUUACACAUAUAUAAUAAAAAGCCAUUAAUCACACUGUAUAAGCCCUAUAGAAACAGUGCUUGAGCAGAUACCGUCUCUGUGAUCGGACCUCGCUCGGUCAACCUGAGGAACUGAGGCAUUAGACUGGCGCGGCGCACGCCCUCUGCGUCACCGAGCUCAAAGUGAAGACGCUCAACUUUCCUGCCUUCACUUCGUCCCCUGUCCCGCUGCCGGCGCCUCCGUCCGUCCGUCCGUCCACCGCUGCGGAGGCUCAGAGGAAACAUGCCCAUGAACUCACGGAAUAUUUCGCAACCUUUGAUCCACUGACGCCCCUCUAUCACAGACUUGCCUCUAAAAUGGCCCAGCAGAACCAGACCUGUCAUUAUAAUGAGUCCAUGGGCUUCUUCUAUAACAACAUUGGCGCUGAUGAUAAAUGGGACAAAACUCAGCUCAUCCUCGUCCAGGUGGUGGGAUCACUAUUCUGCUGUUUCAUCCUGGUUUCCAACGCCAUGGUGAUAGCUGCUGUCAUCACCAACAAGAGGUUUCACUACCCUUUCUACUAUCUUCUUGCUAACCUCGCCGCCUCGGAUUUCCUCGCUGGCAUAGCGUACGUUUACCUCAUGUUUAACACGGGCGAGGUGUCGCGGCAGCUCACAGUUAAAGAAUACUUUAUCCGCCAAGGCCUGCUGGACAUCAGUCUAUCAGCCUCACUGUCUAACCUGCUGGUAAUAGCACUGGAGCGCUACAUCUCCGUCAUGAACUGGAAAGUCCACAGCAACCUGACAAAGAGGAGGGUGACCCUGCUGAUCGUGCUCGUGUGGGCCAUCUCCAUCCUCAUGGGGGCCGUGCCCAGUCUGGGCUGGAACUGCAUCUGCAACCUGAGCGAUUGCUCCCAGCUGGCUCCCAUCUUCAGCAGGAGCUACCUGGUCUUCUGGUCUGCGUCUAACCUGGUGGUGUUCCUGGUCAUGGUGGCAAUCUACAUGAGGAUCUACACCUACGUCAAGAAGAAGACGUCGGUGCUCAUGCCGCACACAAGCGGCUCCAUCAACCGCAAGAGGACGCCUAUUAAGCUCAUCAAGACAGUGAUGGUCGUGCUUGGGGCCUUUGUGAUCUGCUGGACCCCCGGCCUGGUUGUUCUCCUGCUGGAUGGCCUCAACUGUAAGAGUUGUAACGUCAUGAAAUUAAAACGAUGGCUGCUGCUCCUGGCCGUACUCAACUCCGUCAUGAACCCUUGCAUUUACUCUUACAAGGACGAGGAAAUGUGGACAACCUUCAAGAACCUCAUGCGGUGUAUUGGAAACGGUACUCGGCGGCAGCGGUCAACGAAGGCCAACGCCAGGCCGCUCAGCUCUGGUCAUGACACGGGCACCAGCCACCUCCCGCCAGAGGAGAUAAAAAAUGAUGAUCAGCAUAUACUCAAGACCUGAAAAUGGAACUCGCUAAGAACUUUGCAGAACUCAUGUCCAGAUUCGACUGGACGUACCUUAUGAAGAUAUAAGAACAUAAGAUACAGACUGGAGAUGACUUGAAAGAGAAACAACACAUUUUGUCUCCAGUUGGUCUCCAGGAAGUUAUUGUCGUCCUCAGAUUAAAAGUACUUUCUCGAAGAGACACUGCAGGCCCGCUGCUCCAGUGUGGAGCUGAGGCUGGGGUGAGAUGAAGAGACUUUGAUGCACUAAUAAUGACACGACUCUCAUUUAUAAGUAGUGAGAGAUUGCUGAUGCUGUUUCAUCCUGCUUUUUUUGUCUUCCUCAUCACAUCCCUGUGGGUUAUUUGAUCUUGGAUGACACUCUGCUCCAAUAGCUCCAGAAAGACCCGGUAUGAGGUACACAGCGGUACAUUUCUACUUUUACCUCAAAAAGGGGUAAAAAUCAUGUAAUGGGUGAUUUUUUUUCACCCUGAUAUAAUUUUUUGUAAAGGUUUAUUGGAUGAACUAGUCAAGAAAUAUAACUUGUUUAUAGUCAGGUACUAUAAAACUGUAGGUGUGCUUGAAUAGGGCAUGGUUUUAAUGAUUAUUUCCUGUUGUUAAACACAGUCAAUGAAAAAUACUGUAAACUGCUGUACUGUAUGCCUCUACUUGUACCUCCUGAUAUACGUAAUAAUUUCAACUGUGUGAUAUAGCUAGCAUGCUCGGUGAGACCUGAUGUUUUUGGCCAUUUUCACGCAGCUUUACUUUGUGAAGCAGUUUUGCCUGUGUGGAACAGAUAACAGCGUCACUCCUCUCUAGUCCGAUAUGUCCUCUUUUAUCAGCUCGCCUAAACAUACAUAAACCCCCGCUUGCACCUCAUGCAGGCGAACUUGUUCUCCCUGUAGCAUUCUUACACAUCCGCCAACAACUCCCUGAACUCACUCGCUGCCGUCAUGCUGACGAAACAGCUGCUCGUCUGAGACGACUCUGACUCUUUACUCUGACGACUAAAUUGAUAAAUCAUUGACAGGGUUCACAUGACUCUUCUUCAACCUGCUGUAUGUAUUUAUGCCACUCCUGCUGUAAAGGACAUGACAUCGUUAAAGCUAGUUCUGUUUUUUUUCUUGGGAGUGUAGGAAUGCCACAUAAGAGAGCGGUGUGGAAAGGUUUACAGCUUCAGUGGUUUUUUCUUUACUGAACUGAGGUUAUACAUGAUUAUGUCCUGUGUAUUUUUUCGACUUUUAUAACUGAUUGAUUAAUUAAAAUCAUAAAAGUUAACUGAA